AUGAUAGAGAUGAUCUAUGAUCGUCUCGAUUUCAUAGAGAAACUCCGGUUCACAUCCAUUUGUGUUUCUUGGAGAAAUGCUGUUCCAGAGUUCACUAGGUAUCGUCUUCAGAAGCUUAUUCCAUGGCUACUCUUCUCCCAUGAUACAGAAACCAGAGAAAUUGGUUUCUUAAACCUCGUCCCAGAAAAUAUGAUUCACCUAGUAAGGAUACCGCAAAUCGAUUUGAAUCUGUGUCGAGGUUCUAUACAAGGAUGGUUGUUCAUAUUUUCUAAUUCAAGAGAUGGCCAAUGUUUCCUAUUUAAUCCAUUCUCUAAAGUCCAAAUUGCACUUCCACCUUUCAUUCUCCGACCUUGGCAAUCUGUUUUUAAGGUGAUCUUGUCUUCCAAUCCAAAAACUAAUGAAGAUUGGAUGGUUGUUGCUUAUAUACCCAAACAUGAACUACUCUUCUACAAAUCUGGAGAUAAGUCAUGGUCUAUUGGACCAACAAAGAGCAAAGUUGCAUUUUCUUAUGGUGAUGGAGAUAUCAUAUCUUGUGGUGGAGAUCAGGUCUAUGCGCUUGGCCUGUCAAAGACACUUUGGGUUUUUGAUAUGAGAACUCAUGAACAUAUCCUCAUUGGUGGUGGUGUAUCACCAUUAUAUGAUCUUUAUCAAAGUGACGAAUCCAUAGAUCGCAAUGGCGAUGGGUAUAUAUGUUACCUAGUUGAAUCAAAUAGACAAUUGUUUAUGAUUGCAAGGUUCCUGAAGAAUGUUGGGAUGAAUAGUUACCAUUAUACAACCUACAAGUUUCUGUUCUACAAGAUGAAAAAGAAUAACAAUAAAGAGCUUAGGAUGGACUAUGCGUGGGUCAGACAAUCAAGUUUGGGGGCUGAUCGAGCACUUUUUCUUAGCAGAGUUGGUUCCAAAUUUGUCUCAACCACUGAAAACCCUGAAAUCCACAAUAACUCUAUUUACUUUACAAACGAUUUAGAUCCUCGUACAGGUAAGCCUUGCGAUAUUGGGAUCUACCAUGUUGAGGAUGAUCUUAUUGAACCCUUUAUUGUGUUUGACGACCUCUAUUCUCUAAAGUUCCCUUCAGUUUGGGUUACACCCUCAGUAUGA